AUGGCUUAUGUGCCUUCUGGACCAACCACAUACAGUUUAGAUGGCGACGGUAGAUUAUGGGCUGUGCCUACCACUCAUCCCGAUGGCAGAUCAAUCCAGAGGUUGGAACAGAUCAGUGCCACUCCCAUCACGAGGACCGGUGUUAUCAGUGGUCCCGUGGUUCAAGCGUAUUAUGAUGCAGCAGGCAAGUUUGUAAGGAUUUCCUAG